AUGGAGCCUAGGAAGCUCACUCAUGAUGCGUACUCCGUCGGUUGGGUAUGCGUCCGCGACUGCGAGGUGGACGCCGCUAGAGCCUUGUUGGACGAGGAAGAUGAACCACUUGACGGCGUCAACGACGACAACAGCUAUCUAGUUGGCCGAAUUGGAAAACAUAAUGUGGUAAUUGCCUUUCCUGCUUCGAGUGGGUCGCAUUCGACGAUACAAACAGUGACGAACAUGAUCCGCACUUUCCCAAAAAUUCGAUUUGGACUGAUGGUUGGCGUGGGAGGGGGAGUACCUAAUUAUCCUCGAAUUGAUAUUCGACUGGGAGAUGUAGUUGUCAGUGAACCUGGUGGAACACAUGGGGGCGUCCUACAAUACGACAAGGGCAAAUGGCUGGAGGGACAGUUUGAAAUCACAUCACACCUGAAUCGACCACCUUCAGUAUUGCAAAAAGCAAUCAAGCGUUUGCGAGCUGAUCAUCGAUUCAGAAAGGGGAAGAUGCAAUCAUACAUUGAGGAAAUUAUCCAGAAACUCGGCGAACUGCUUGGUUCAGAAGACCCGUUCUUUCCAGGGGUAGACCGAGAUAUACUAUUCCUGGCAGAUUAUCACCAUGUCGGAGGAGAGGAAUGCACAGACUGCGAUAAACUCCAAGUGGUACAGCGUAAAUCCCGCACUCAACCUCUCAUCCAUCACGGUCUCAUCGCGUCUGGGGAUAUCGAAAUGCGAUCUGCCAAACGUCGAGAUGAGCUACGAGAUGCGCACAAGAUCCUAUGCUUUGAGAUGGAAGCAGCUGGCCUGAUGAAUCACUUUCCAUGUCUUGUUAUUCGUGGAAUUUCCAAUUACUCCGACAGUCAUAUGAAUGAGCAAUGGCAGCCAUAUGCCGCCGUUGUUGCAGCUGCAUAUGCCAAAGACCUCCUCCGAAUAGUCAAUGCAGAGGAGAUCAGCAAUACUGAACUGGCUGCCAGCACCUUUGAAAAUAGUAUCAUACUUGACGAUGGCCACAAAAUGAAGAUCCUCAACUGGCUGACUCCGUCUAGCCAUGGAACCCACCAAAGUAAUUUCUUCAGGAAAGCCCAAAAGGGAACCGGCACAUGGCUAUUAGAAUCGGAUAAAUUCCAGCAAUGGCUUCAUCAAACAAAGGGCAUUCUGUUCUGCCAAGGUAUCCCCGGGGCAGGCAAG